AUGUCGGGCUGGCCGGUCACUUCGCUUCAGUCGGAUCGAGCCAUGGCUUCCAGCACUUCGGCGGCACCCACGCCUUCGCCAACGCACCAUGAAGACAAGGACAAUAACAGCGGGCCUACCAGCUCGCCAUUGCUCUUCUUCGUUGCGCUCGGAUUUGGCGUGGUAUUCACAAACUUAUGGAUCAUCGUGGGCGUAAAAUACUGCUUCCGAUACAAUGCGCGUGCCAGGCGCGCCCAGGCGAUGGGGGAGAAUGCGGACCAAAUCGACCUCGCAGCAAUGGGCCCGCAACAGCGGAGAAGAAGGCGGGAGAAGAAGCUCAUGCCGCUGGAGGAAGUGAACGAGCGGUUUCCACAGAUGAAGUACAAGAUAUGGCGAUCGACACGCGAAGCAGAAGGACUACCGGCGGCUGGAGGUGUUACAGCGCCACCGAGUCGCGCGGGCAGUAUCAAGGGCGAGACAGGCACGAUAGGUGGCGACACGAGGAAUUCAUCCGAGACGCAGCGACCGGUGACUGCACUGGAGGUUGCGCAGCAGGAUCAUGUCGAUGCGACCACGUCGACACAUCGACCGACGACGCCAGAUGCGACGCAAGGUGCUGCAGAUCCCAGCCACGAGACCGAGAAGGCGUCUGAGGACACAUCGCGGCGGGCUGACGAUGCGACCGACUCAUCUGCUAGUCCAUCUUCUCCGCCUCCGCUCAACCGCAAUGCUUCUGUGGUGACAAUAGAGGAGGAAGAAGACGAGGACGACCCAAUCCGGACGGCAGCACCGCCAGAGAUGCUCGCCGCACCAGGCGAUACUUGUGCAAUCUGCCUCGACACCCUCGAAGACGAAGACGAAGUACGCGGACUGACUUGCGGCCACGCCUUCCACGCCGCAUGCGUCGAUCCCUGGCUCACUGGACGCCGGGCUUGCUGCCCGCUCUGCAAAGCGGACUACUACAUCCCUAAGCCUAGGGCCGACGGAACAACGGACGGUGCCGAUGCCAGUGGAAGGAGAGGGCCAACUGCGCCACCUCCAGUAUGGAUUGGCGGUAGAGCAGGCAUGGCGUUCGGACGGCCAAGGUUACUCUUCGCCAAUCCACGAUUCUUCGUGCAAGAAGAUGCGUCAAGAGGGAGCCCAUGGGCAUCAACGAUGUCUACCCGAGCAGCGCGACGCAGUAGGCGAGAUCAGAAUGACGGAACAGCGACUCAGGACUUUGCAGCAGCCCAGCCACAGGAGGGAGCCGAUGGGAACAGCGGGUGGCGAAGUCGACUGCCAGCCAUGCGGAUGCCGCGGUUCGGCCGGCGAGGGCAGGAAUCGAAUGGUGAGCAGACUACAGAGCAAACCAACGACACCACACCCGGCGAUCUCGAAGCUGGCGCACGAAGAUGA